AUGGACAUCGUUGGCCUCCAGGAGACGCUUUGGUUUGGCUCUCAUCAAUAUACUGUCGGAGAUUGCUUAGUUUUGACAAGUGGUCGCCCAACACCGACUGGGGAUGAGCCUGCUCGUCGUGGUGAAGGGGUUGCUGUCGUUUUGCGAGGCAGAUGCAGGGAGGCAUUUGAACGCGGAGGCUCUCGCUGGACGGCGGUCAGCUCCAGACUCCUGUCAUUGCAGGUAAAAUUCGUAUGUGGUCGGAAUCAGUCUGUGUCUUGCCUGCACUUCGCUGUGGCGUAUGCCCCCACGUUUGUCAGGCCCCGUGAGGAGAAAACUCAAUUCUACGCAGAUGUCCAGUCCUUCAUUGACAGUAUUCCCAGGAACGAUCAAUUCGUCCUUCUUGGUGACUUGAACGCCCGUGUUGGCAGUGCUGGUGCGGAUGGUGACUGGUCAAGUGUCAGAGGCCCUCAUGGUUUUGGUCGAAUGAACUCAGCUGGAGAGGAUUUGCUCAAUUUCUUGUCCAGAAAUGGUACCCUCAUAUGUAACACGUGGUUUCGGAAGAAUGAUGUUCAUAAGCAUACCUGGUUUCAUCCUCGAUACAAACAGCCUCACUGCAUUGACUACUGCAUCAUUCCUCAGAGCCGACGCUCCCAGUGUAUUGAUUGCCAAGUCAUCCGGUCUGCGGAAUGUGAUACCGAUCAUAAAUUCUUGGCUAUGAAAUUGCGCCUGGCAGAGAAUCCCUGUUUCCAUCGUACCCGUGCUGUCAUCAGAAAACCCAUUGCUGUGUCCAAGCUGUUGUGCAAGCCUGGCGGAGAUGACGAACCGGACACUCGUAAGGUCUUUCGCGACAUGCUGGAUGCAGAGUUGGAGGGAGCCUGGUCGCAUGAGCCAUCCUUGGAUGACUGGUGGACUACCAUCAAGACAACAACUAUCAAGGUUGCAGAGGAUUGCUUGGGCAGAGAGAGCCGUAGACAGCCGGAGUGGUUUCGGGAUAGUCAGGCAGAGCUUGAACCUUUCCUACUGGAGAGGGAUCGGCUGUUUGCUGUUUGGGUGUCUACACGCAAAGUCAGUGAUUGCAAUGCCUAUAAGUGUGCCCGCAGCUCCGCGCGGAGGGAAGUCAGACGCGUCAAGCAGGAAUGGCUACUCAACAAGGCCCAGGAUUGCAAACGUUUCAGCCUCACGUCCAAGGGUGGCUGGGAGUGCAUCAGACACAUCCAGGCUGCGUUUCAGGGACUAAAACCGAAGGUCACAACAGCGAUCAAGAAUUCAAUGGGACAGGUUUGUGACACCCCCGAGGCCACGAACAUGCGGUGGCGGGAGCACUUUGGGAGAGUUCUCAAUAUCGUCAGCGACUUUGACGUGGAAACCCUCGACUCUAUUGACCAGCGUCCGGUCUUGGGGGAGCUUGCGGAUGUUCCCGACCGUGUGGAGAUUCGUAAGGCCAUGCAAGCACUGAAGAACGGCAAAGCUUGUGGUAGCUCUGAAGUCUUUGCCGAGAUGCUGAAGUAUGGUGGUCCUGUUCUACUGGGUAAGCUGCAGGCAUUGCUGGAGGAGGUAUGGCGAGCUGGUCGAGUACCGCAGGAUUGGGUGGAUGCCAUCCUGGUCCCUAUCCCCAAGAAGGGUGAUCUGAGUCUGACUGAUAACUGGCGCGGGAUUGCCCUUCUCGACGUGGUUGGCAAGCUUGCUGCACGGCUUAUAGCGGACCGUCUGCAGCGUGUUGGGGAACAGUAUCUGCCUGAUUCUCAGUGCGGUUUUCGCAGAGGCAGGGGCUGCUCGGAUAUGGUAUUCUCUGUUCGGCAAGUCGCGGAGAAGUUGCAUGAGCAUUCUUCCAAGGGAUUCGCAGUAUUCAUUGACCUCCGAAAGGCCUAUGACUCGGUGCCGCGGGCCGCCUUGUGGAGGGUGCUUGCAAAGCUUGGCGUACCAGAGGUGCUGGUUUCCGUAAUUCGAUCGUUCCAUGUCGACAUGUCAGCAUCUAUACGCAUUGGUGGCGAGCUGUUGGAGCCGAUUGCGGUGGGGAACGGACUGCGUCAAGGAUGCACCAUGGCCCCGAUUCUUUUCAAUUUGUACAUGCUUGCUGUUGUCGAGAAAUGGCAUGAAGCAAUAGCUGGUGACGACGAGAUUGGACUAUCAAUUUGUCAGUUUCGUCAGGACAGACUGUUCAACACGCGUCUCCGAGCAUACACCAGGGCUCCACUAACGGAAUGCCAGUUUGCGGACGACUCUGCACUUCUUGCCAAGACUCACCCCGGUGCAGAGAGAGCACUCGCUGGGUUUGAGACUACUGCUUCUGCCUUUGGGCUCAAGGUUAACAUGGCCAAGACAAAGUUCAUGGCUAUUGGGACUGGGGUGGUGAACGAGGACAUGGCACCUUUAAACGGCACGGUGGAGCACGUGCACUCCUUUCGUUAUCUUGGAUGCCAUGUGACACCGGAUGCCAGGUGUACCUAUGAUGUGUCGCGUAGAAUUGCUGCUGCAUCGGGCGCUUUCCACAGUUUGAAGGAUGCAGUGUUCUACAACUCGGACUUCACCAUCGGCAUCAGGCGUGUAGUCUAUGGCGUCACUGUUAUGGCUGUCCUCCUGUAUGGUUCUGAGACUUGGACAACACGGCAAAGGGACCUGCAGCGGCUUGACGUGUUUCACCAUCAGUGCUUGAGGAUGAUCUUGCACAUCGGUCGUGCACGCCAGAUUGAUGAGCACAUCUCCAAUUUGCAGGUGCGGAAAUGGUGGGGCGACUUGGAGCAGCCGGCUGACAAGAUUCGCAGGCGGCGGCUGCAGUGGCUGGGCCAUAUGGCACGUAUGCCGAGGGGCGACCGCAUCCCUCGUCAGCUGUUGUUUGGCUCCUUGCCAUCGAAGCGCCCACCCCAUGGUCCGAGGAAGCGAUGGAAGGACGUGGUGCGGACCGACCUGGCGGCAAUUGGCAUUGAGCCCAAUUCCUGGCUCGACGUGGCAAGUAAUCGCCGUGAGUGGAAGUCCCAGUGCCUUGAUGGGGUGGAUCGUAUUGUACUUGCCCGUCAAGAGCCUGUCGACAAGCCUCUGCUUUGCGGUGUGUGCAACCGCAGUUUCCGCCGCCGUCAGGAUAUCGCACGGCAUCGUUGUACAUCGCGGCGUUCAAUAGCAAUUAUAACCCGUGGGAAUGCGCCGUCACGUCAGUCGUCGGGUCCUGGUGCCGCUUCCCGGAGACAGCGCUAA